CUCAUUCUCAACCGCCAAGUGACGAAGUAACCAGCAGUCGCCCAUUCUUCAAAAUGCCUCCCAAGAAGACCGCCACCCGUGCUCCCCAGGAGAACAUCUCCCUCGGACCUUCCGUUCGCGAUGGCGAGCUGGUCUUCGGCGUUGCCCGUAUCUUCGCCUCCUUCAACGAUACCUUCGUCCACGUCACCGAUCUGAGUGGCCGUGAGACUAUCACCCGUGUUACUGGUGGUAUGAAGGUCAAGGCCGACCGUGACGAGUCCUCCCCCUACGCUGCCAUGUUGGCUGCCCAGGACGUCGCUGCCCGCUGCAAGGAGCUUGGCAUCAACGCUCUUCACAUCAAGAUCCGUGCCACUGGUGGUAACGGUACCAAGACCCCCGGUCCCGGUGCCCAGUCCGCUCUCCGUGCCCUUGCCCGUGCUGGUAUGAAGAUUGGCCGAAUUGAGGACGUUACCCCUACUCCUUCCGACUCUACCCGCAGAAAGGGUGGUCGCCGUGGUCGUCGUCUCUGAGCUGCUUACCUUUUGGUGGCUUGGAUUGGACAGGAGUUUCGCUAUCUGGUUUCUCUGUGGCGUUGAGAAUCACGAGGAGAACGGCUUUUUCGCCUGGUCUCCAGUCUACACUGCAGAGCCUGGUCAGGUUAUGGGUUAGGACGCAGUAGACAGUUGAAAAUUCGCCCGAAGAAGGCCUAUGAAUCAUCCUGCUCGUCAAACUUUUUUCCUUGAUGUGACAUCUUAUAGCUUCACGGUUAACGUUCCACGAUGAAAUGAAAUAAAAGCAAUAAAGUGCAUAUCAAGCAACGAUAUCUAGUAUAAAUGUCACACUCUCUAGUAC